GAGCGUGGGGAGAGGAAGAAAUCGAACACCCCGAAGAAGGAAUCCCAAUAUAUAUAUUAUAUAUAAAAAUAAAUAUAUAUAUACACAUAGAGAGAGAGAGAGAGAGAGAGACGAGAGAGGAGAGGCCAUCGCUGGCGAUGUUGAAGCUGAACGCGACGGCCUCCCCUCCCGGGAGCACCCCGUCGGAGGAGCCCGGGGAGGAUCAGCAGGCGGCUGGGGUGGGUAUCCUGUUGCAGAUCUCGAUGCUGGUGCUUUCUUUCGUCGUCGGCCACGUCCUUCGCCGCCACAAGUUCUACUACCUCCCCGAGGCCAGCGUCUCCCUCCUUAUCGGUUUAGUUGUUGGAGGAAUUGCUAACAUUUCACAUACAGAGGCCAAUAUUAGGGGAUGGUUCAAUUUCCAUGAGGAAUUCUUCUUCUUGUUCCUGCUACCUCCAAUUAUAUUUCAGUCAGGUUUCAGCUUAGCACCGAAACCAUUUUUCUCAAAUUUUGGAGCUAUCAUUACAUUGGCUAUUCUUGGAACAUUUAUUGCCUCAGUUGUGACAGGAAUUCUGGUUUAUCUUGGUGGCUUGGCAUAUCUAAUGUACAAACUUCCCCUGGUUGAAUGCCUGAUGUUUGGUGCUCUAGUAUCUGCGACAGAUCCUGUGACUGUACUCUCCAUAUUUCAGGAACUUGGCACUGAUGUCAACAUAUAUGCCUUGGUUUUCGGUGAAUCUGUCCUAAAUGAUGCAAUGGCAAUUUCCUUAUACAGAACCAUGUCAUCUGUAAGACACAGCAAGUCCUCAGGACAAAGUUUAGCGUUGGCCGUUCUGAAGUUUCUUGAGACAUUUUUUGGGUCAAUGUCUUCAGGAGUUGGAGUUGGAUUCAUUUCUGCUCUUCUCUUCAAGUAUGCAGGGUUAGAUGUUGAUAAUCUUCACAAUCUGGAAAGCUGUCUUUUUGUUCUUUUUCCUUACUUUUCGUACAUGUUAGCUGAAGGUCUUGGCCUCUCUGGCAUAGUUUCAAUAUUGUUCACUGGAAUUGUCAUGAAGCAAUACACAUUCUCAAACUUGUCUAAAAAUUCUCAACACUUUGCUCCUGCUUUCUUCCAUUUGCUUUCUUCACUAGCAGAAACUUUUGUAUUCAUAUAUAUGGGCUUUGAUAUUGCAAUGGAACAACAUAGCUGGUCACAUAUUGGUUUCAUCUUCUUUUCAAUUCUCUUUAUAGGAGUUGCAAGGGCGGCACAUGUCUUCUCCUGUGCUUGGUUGAUCAACAUGGUACGUCCAGCAUCUUCCCAGAUACCCAUGAGACAUCAGAAGGCACUUUGGUAUAGUGGGCUUAGAGGGGCUAUGGCUUUUGCUCUUGCCCUGAAGUCGGUGCAUGAUCUUCCUGAUGGACAUGGCAAAAUAAUUUUAACUGCUACCACUGCCAUUGUUGUUAUAACAGUGCUGUUGAUUGGAGGCUCAACGGGAAAGAUGCUUGAAGCUUUAGAAGUUAUCGGUGAUGCUUACAGUGGUCCGUAUGGAGAAGAGAACUUAGGGGACAACCAUGACUAUGUCGGACCAUCUUUUGAUGAGGGAACUUCUUCUGGGAACAAGAUAAGGAUGAAACUUAAAAAAAUCCAAAGCACCGCCUCAUUCACUGCACUGGACAGGAACUAUCUCACUCCUAUCUUCACAUCUAAAAAUGAUGUUCCCGAUGAGGCUCCUGAAAAUUCGAGAACAAAAGAAUUCCAAGUGCAUCAAUAAACACUGCAAUUUUUUUCUUUUUUCAGCAUGCCAAAGUUUAAGAGGAGAUUCUUUUUGGUGAUUUCUCAGAUGGUUAUCAUCUCUACUUUAUCAUACCAUGUAUAUAUCAGUUGGCUGAUCAUUGUCCAAGCAAUAGAUAACAGUUCCUUUCA